AUGUCGAUAGUAGAGUUACUGAAGAGUGUGGAUACACUCGCUAAAAUAAUAAACCAAAAAAACCACGAGUUGGAGGAAUUGAAAAAAGGGUAUGAUGCUAAGCUUCAUGAAAUUAACAAAUACAUUAGAGUACUACAAGAACAAGAAGAUGUUAAACCAGACGGAGAGAUGCCAGAAGAAGUGUUCAGAGAGAAGAUAGACAGCAUAAUCAAGUGCAGCAAAUGUGAUCAUGAAAUAUGGAAUAUCAACAGCAAUAAUGAAUUCAUAAUUAUACCCAAGAAGAAAUUACAGUAUCUUCUCGGCAACGAAAGUGAUAAAAGAUUGCUGGAUGGGUUGAGAGAGCUAACUAUACAGAAAGACUCAGGCGCAGAUACGAAUUCGGAGAUACGACCAAGUCCUAAGGGAUAUUCAAGUCCUAAAGGCUAUAAGAAGCAAUAUAAUACUAAAUCGAAGAAAACAUGUUCCUACUGUUCCAAACCAGGUCAUUCUAGGGCACAUUGUUUGAUUCGGUUGGCAACUCCUACGAAAUAA